UCUGCAUGCGCUCGAACCAAUUUUCGAAGCACUUAUUCCACUCGUUUGCUGGCAGAUCCAAAACGGCAUUUUUGAAUGCGUCAACUGCUUCUUCUGGUGACUUGAACCUUUGACCACGCAGUCUGUUUUUAAUUUUCGGGAAAGUAAAGGAAUCAUCGGGACUAUAUGGAGGAUGGUCCAAUAAUUCUACGUUUUAUUCCGUUAAAUACUGCCUUGUUUUUUGGGCUGUGUGCGAGGUUGCAGUGUCU